UAAAUCACAAAAAUACAAUAAAUUAGCUUUUUUUCUCUCAUUAACCCCUCUUUUUUUAUUGACGAGACCUGAAUCAAUCGAUGGAGACCUCUUUUGAUAGCGAUUUAAUCGGUGAAAUAUUCAAGCGCAUUUGGAGGAGAAGAGCCGCAGAGCGCGAGAGAAAUGAAGUUACUGAAGCUCCGGAUACCGAGGUUGGAGUUGGCACACCUAAGAAAAGUCGGCCUACUUUGGCUAAUGCAAAGGCCCUGAAGCUUAGCUCUGAGCUCCUCAGACUCUUUGUCACAGAGGCUGUUCAACGAGCUGCUAUGAUUGCUGAUGCAGAGGGUGCGAGUACAAUAGAAGCAACUCAUUUGGAGAGGAUACUUCCACAGUUGUUGCUGGACUUUUAGCAGAUUUUAUGGUCUAGGGAUUUGUAAUCGUUAUGGAAGUAAGCAUUUGUUUAAAUCAUCUAAAAGAAGUUGCACAUUUUCUUUUGUUAGUGGUCUUGCAAUUGCUAGGUCUUCUAUUGGGUAUUGGUAAUCUUAGAACUGAUUGGGUGC